AUGAGUGUCUCAAACGCCUCUUCUAUCCCUCCCAGACCACCCAGAAGGGCAAACAUAGGUUUCGAAACCAUUGUUAAUAAAAAACUGGCGUCUAAUCAACGGAAGAAAAAGGCAGAGAAGAACCCAGGUGUUGGCGGUUCAUUAAAACUCCUCAUCCAAUCAAUCUUUCUAUCACUUGUUUGGUUAUGGAGGAUGACCAUCCGAAUUCUUAAUGUCUGGAAGAUCCGAAUUUAUAGCAAGAUUUUUCUUCCCAAGACCCGCGUUGGUGUCGAUACAACUGGUAAUGAAAAGCUGCAACGCUCUAGAAGGGAUGGGUUUAGAGUAUAUAAACGGAAAGAAACUUUGGAGAAGGAAACUGAAAACAAAGAGAAAAGGCUAGAAACUCCAUUGAAGGCUGGAAAGCAAGCUUUCGAAGUUCUUCCCUCAUCCAGCGAGCGUUCUUUUUUAGUGGAUGACUGCGUAGAGAUGGAAAAUGAAUUCAUUUCUAAUUCUUGA